AAAACGUAGCUAAAAUUUGAUGCAAUGGAAACAAUCCAAAUUGUUUUGUUUUUUUUUAACUCAUUGAUACCUAUAUUUUUUGUGUUGUCAUUCAGAUCCAAUAUGGCGGAUUGUGAAGAGCAUAUGUAGGAAGUUGUGCAAUUACUGCAAAUAAUUUGUUAAAAAAGUGUCUUAUUUGAACUUAUUGUGUGUCUUAAGUUUACUGUAAACGUUUAAGGCUCGUCCAGAUUUUUUUGGUAACAACGAUUAUUUAGUACAUAUUAUUGACAUUGUGUUCUAAAUUUGCCCUCAAAUAAUAAUUUUUAAAUCCAUGAACUGACUGAAGCAGUGUUUAGUAUGUUUUGACUGAUUCUCAGAAAAUGCCGAGCUAGAAGACCUCAUAAUGAAGAUAGAUAGAUCAAGAGUGAGAAAAAGCACUUCAGAGGUGCCUGUUGAAUGCCAGCAAUUAAUUGACAGGCUUCAGCAGUGUUCCCGCACAGAAUUACUUGAAGAAUUAUCAAAAAUCAAUACAUGGACUUUCGGGAAAUGCGAGUUGCUUCAUUGGGCACAAGUUUUAGACAUUUUCGAUCGUAUUUUAGGAAGUGCCGCCGAAAAGUGUGAAGAUUGCCCUUGGGCUUUAAAAUGUGAUAGUUAUAGUGGAAAGGAUAAAAUGCUAUUAAUAUGCAUAUUAAGGUUUACAAGUCUACUGAUAGAACAUUCAUUUUCGCGUCAUCUUUAUAAUUCAAUGGAACAUCUUUUGGUACUACUGAUGGCAAAUGAGAUGAACGUCGUUCUAGAAGUUUUAAACCUGCUUUAUAUGUUUUCUAAAAGAAGUAAUUUUAUUACUAGACUUAAGACUGAAGAAAAAGAUUGCCUGUUGUCACGCCUUCAAUACCUAGCAGAGAGCUGGGGUGGCAAGGAAAACGGCUUCGGUUUAGCUGAUUGCUGUAAUGAAAAGAAAGGUGUACCAGCAUCCGCAACAACUUUACAUGUCGAAUUUCACAAAGAAGACUCAAAAAAUGGCAAAGCAGAAAGUCCCAAAGGACAGAAGUCAUCUGCAGUCAAUAUCAUCCAUAUUGAACAUAUUGAUAAACUACACAAAACUCCUGCUGAGAUUAUGAGACAGCUUGUUAGCAUGUACUAUGUGCCCCAAGAUAAAGAAAUGUGGCUGUUUACACAUGUUAGACUAGCCUGCCAAUUUGCUAACUUUGAAAAAAGAUUAAAAAAUGUCCAGGCUAGACUUCAAGCCUUGUCAGUCUUGGUUUACUCAAAUGCUAUCCAGGACUCCCAGUCAAAUCUACUAUACAAUGGUCUUUUAGAAGAGCUCGUUGAAGUUGUAGAGCUUUCAGACUUGCAACUUACUGAUAUUAGAUGUGCUGCUUUGAGAACUUUAACUGCCAUUAUUCAUUUAGAUAGAAACCCUCAGUUCCCCAAUUCAAUGGGAGAGAUCAGUUACGAAGAUUUUUUUUUUUACAGUAGAAGGCCUGGUUCUAGAUUAAAUAGCAUUAUAGAUGUAACAGGAGCUAGCCAAUAUCAUGGCUUUCUUCCUGUUUUGGUGCGUAAUUGUAUAGCGUCAUUAACUAGUCAACGAGAUGCUGGUUCAAAAAUGACCAACGGUCCUUCAUCUUCUGAACCUGGACCUUCAAGCGCUGCGUGCGACAUGGAAAAGGCUGAUGACCUGCCAUCCAUUUCUGCAAGUUCCGAUGUUGAAAACAACCAAUUUCCCGUAAGCUUGACAACCGCGCUGUUCUCCUUUUUAUAUCAUUUAGCCAGUUAUGAUGCUGGAGGAGAUGCCUUAGUGUCUUGUGGAAUGAUGGAAUCACUUUUACAAGUAAUCAAUUGGCAAGGAUACGAACUUGAUCAUAUAACAUUCGUAACACGAGCCGUUCGUGUCAUAGACCUCAUCACCAAUAUUGAUAUGGUGGCAUUUCAAGCACAUGGGGGCCUAACGAGCUUCAUCAACCGUUUAGACUUAGAAGUUGAGAGCUGUAAGGACGACCAGCUGUACAUAAUCUUGCCUCCAGAACCCAAUUUUGAUGAAAAUGCUCCUCCACAACCUGAUGAGGAGUAUAACUUAGAAAUGUUACAUGUGGUUAUCAACACAAUAAAGAGUUGUUUGCCCCAGCGGGCUGCACUCCUCAAAUCUCUCCUAAAUUUUCUUAAAAAAGCAUUCCAAGAUGCUACGUUUGCGGAGAGUAUUCGCCAUUUGAUGGAAGGUCCUCUGCCUAAUGCAUUAAAGAACAUUAUUGUGAAUGCAGAAUAUUAUGGACCUUCAUUAUUCCUGUUAGCCACAGAUGUUGUUACUGUUUAUGUUUAUCAAGAACCUGCUUUGUUAAGUGCUUUGCAAGAUAAUGGAUUGACAGAGGUUGUGUUACAUGCUCUACUAGUGAAAGAAGUUCCUGCCACACGGGAAGUUUUGGGCUCCCUGCCAAACGUUUUUAGUGCACUUUGUUUAAAUGCACGUGGAUUAGAGUCUUUUGCUAAACACAAACCCUUUGACAAAUUAUUUCACAUACUAUUGUCACCAGUAUAUUUACCUGCCAUGCGUAGAAGGCGAAGUGCAGAGCCAAAUACGGACACGGCUUGCAGCUUAGGUAGUGCAAUGGAUGAAUUGAUGAGACACCAACCAAGUUUAAGACAGGAUGCCACUCUUGCUAUAAUUAGCCUUCUUGAGGAAUUGGUAUAUAUGGGGACUGACCCUAAGUAUGUUUGUUGGAGACCUCAUGGAAGAUCAGAAGUAGUCACGACGACACCUGGUAGGCCCGCCCCUACAGAAGGAUCUUCAGAUGAAGAAGAUGAAGACGAAGAUGAAACAUCUACGAGUUCACAAAACGCAAAUGCCCAGGGUCAAGCAGAAAAUAACAGCAACGUAGUGCAAACACCAACAGCUGGAAGUGAGAGGCAGCCCAUAGCUUUGAUUGACUAUGUUCUUAAUGCUAUGAAAUUUAUUGAUGCUAUCCUGAGCAAUAACUCUACGGAUGACCACUGUCGCGAAUUCGUACAGAAAGGUGGUUUGAAGCCCCUACUUCAGUUACUUGGAUUGCCGAAUUUACCAGCCGACUGUCCGGUUACUAAUCCUGCUCAGGCUGUAGCAACGGUCUGUAAGAGCAUCUUGAAUCUAGCUCAUGAGCCGUUCUUAUUUCAAGAAGGUCUACAACAGCUCAGCGAUGUAUUAGAUCGUUUGAAGCCCCUAACAAAUCCCCCAGAAGAACCUGUUGUCUUAGGUGGCUCUAGACUUCUUAUGGAGCUAGCAAAUGCGCCAGAUCCUGCUGCUGCCUUUAAUAAUUCUCAGGUCACUCCUUUAUUGCACGCUAUGGGUGCCGCGCAUGGGUAUGUACUUAUGUUCGUUCACGUUUGUCGCACUGGGCAAACUGAAAUAAGAAGUUUGUCUCUUCAACACUGGGGCAAAAAGGAGGGAGUUAAAGUUUUAAGAGGUUUAGCAGAGUUAUAUACUGCAUUAGUUUGGGAAAGUACACUGCUGCUGGCAUACUGUAGUGAUGAUUUGAUCCCAUCUGAAUGCGACUUUACUCGUGAGAGCAUAGAAAAGCUUAAUCACUUCUUUGAUAGAUGCGAAACUACGCAGCCACCAUCAGAAAAUUCUUCAAAUCAGAAUUCGACGCUGGAUCCAUUAGCUAACAGUACUAUGGAACUGGAUGGAAGUGAUGUUCCAAAACCUGAUAGUAGAAAUUUGAAGUAUAUAAAGCCUCUAUUGGGUGCCUCUUCUAGAUUAGGGCGAGCCUUGGCAGAAUUAUUUGGACUAUUAGUGAAAUUAUCUGUAGGAUCUCCAGUACGGCAACGAAGAGGUCAAAAUAUUGUAGCUGCACCGCCAAUACCGACUAUACCCGCCAAGAAGAUUUGUUUUCAGGUGGCCCUCGCACUCAACUUGCUGCUUUCUAAAGGCUUAGAUUGUGACCUAUUGCCCCCAUCGCCGUCACCAAAAUGCCGGCUUACUUUCCUGAUUUGCAGCGUUGGAUUUACCAGUCCGAUGUUAUUUGACGAACGAAGAUUCCCAUACCAUUUGAUGCUUAAAAAAUUUGUCACUAUGGGCGGCCAAACUGUGUUUUUCAAAACAUUUAAAUGGGCCUUAAAUAAUUCUUACGGAGUAGGACCUAGUGACGUAAACACUCUUCCGGAUGGAACUCUUGGGUUUCUCGAUGCUUGGCUUACUUUACUUGAAAAAAUGGUAAAUCCUAAGGCCAUCUUAGAAACACCUCAUACAAUAACCACAAGGCCAAAUUCGUUGUUUAACUUUGACCCACUACGAUAUUUAAUCCAAAUUCAAAGAUUAGCGUUUGAUUGUAUUGAAAGACUUUGGAAGAACACUCCAAUCACAUCUUAUGGAACCCGUAUUACGGAGACUGUGUUGACUAUUUUAAAACAUUUUUAUGAAGGAGAAAAAAUAAUAAGAGAGAAGUUAAAGGAGCAAGCCGAUUCCAAAGAACAAGCAGGUCCUUCUUCUAGUAGUACGGCACCUCUAACAGCAAGAGUCAACGAAGAUAGCCUAAAACAAUUGGUUGAUAUGGGUUUUUCAAGAGAAAGUGCUGUAGAGGCUUUGUUACAUUCUAAUACUUUAGAACAAGCCACGGAUUAUCUAUUAUCCAAUCCACCUAAUGCCAGGGCAUCAACAUCUAAUGCUGCCGAGCCUACUGAUCCGGAAGAUGAUCAAAUGCUUACUGCUAUAGCCAUUUCACUUGGUAUCAAUAACAUCUUAGAAAAUCCAAUAGCUACUAUUGACGAAAUCCGAGAUAUGCUUGAUGAGUACGGCGAGACUGCCCUCUCAAUGGCUUUAGACCUGUUGGACAAAAUGCCUGAGUUGGUACAUAAAGCUUGUGAGCUUUUAGUGACAAUAAUGAAACGCAAUGGUAUAGAAUAUAGGGAUGCACUUUUGGAUUCCAUGGUGCAUCACCUUACAAUCAAUGCUCAAGAGUUGAGUCAACAGAUGUAUCUGGCUGAAUUAAAAAAAAUAGACUUUAAAACAGUAGCAGAAAUUCAAGCUGGCAAGAAGCUAGCUAAUUAUACGCAUUUGUUUAUACUCUUUUAUGAAGUUGUAUCGUACUUUGAAAUGAAGCUACCAUUUAUGGCUAUGUAUGGAACUCCUUUGUUAGAUUUAAUCAUACAAAUAGUAAGACAAGCAGAAUAUUUGAUCAAUGAAGCUUUUGUUGAAUCGCACGAAGUAAUUUGUCCGAAAUGGCUCGCGCCUUGUUUGCUUCUGAUUGAUGCCUAUUCAAAGGUUGCUAGCCGUACGGACCGUAAGUGUAAAAUGCACAUUAGUACCACUAGGAUUUGGCAAUGGUAUGAUUUAACAACAGGACGUUGGACACAUUAUUCAGCUGCCAAUAACAAGAUUAUAAAUGAUGCUUAUUGGGCUGGUGAGCAGAAAGUGAAAGUUACCUGUGGACGAAAACGAUAUACUAUUACUUUUCCAAACAUGCUUCAAAUGAAUGAAGAAAGUGGAAAUAACAGACCUGUUGCAAUGAGCCUUUUAAGUGUAAACCAUAGUAGUUGCAAAAAUAUUGAUGAAGAUCCACCUGAAAAUCCAUUAUUUCGUGAUUUAACAGAAAAAGAACGCAGCAGGUGUAUUCCAGUCGCACAACUCUCAAAAGUCCAGAUAAAGUCCAUUCUACAAGUGUGUGUUCGUUUGCUACACUUUUCUUUAGAAAGAGAUGUUUUACACUCUAUUUUACAACUAUGUGUAAGAUUUACCCGCAAUUAUGAUAUGGCUAAGGUUUUCGUUGAAGCGGGAGGCAUUAAAUGUCUAUUAAAUAUUAAUUAUAUACCUGAUUUUGGAGGCUUUGGAGUUUUGGCGACAAUUUUGAUCAGGCAUGCUUUAGAAGAGCCAAACACAUUAAAAUUCGCAAUGGAAAAAGUUAUUCGGGGAAGAGCAUUAAGCACAAUUCCACCUCCUUACAGAGACUGUGUAUAUUUGUGCCGACAACUCGGAGCUGCAGUUACCCGUGACCCUGACACGUUCUACGAGGUGUCUAGAAAAAUCCUAAGAGUAGAUACUUCCGUUUUUGGAUAUAAUAUUGAUGUAGCCAUUCCCUUGAGAGUGGAGCCACUUAAUAGAGUUCAGAGAGCCAAGGCACCCCCAUUAGAAGACAAAGUGUCCAUAGGCGUUUUAUACAAUUUGUUGGACGAACUUUUAAAACCUCUGACUAAGAAAGUUGAGACUCCUAAUAAGCCAGUCAAGGAUGAUGAAUCAUAUGUUCCAAGUACUGCGGGAUCGUUUAAAACCACUGAAAAAAAGAAAGCUACUUCCAAGGAUGAAUCUGCAGACAAAGAGAAAGACAAAACCACUUCUGAUAAGAAAGAAGAAUCUAAUGUGGUAAAACCAAUGCUACCAAAAUCUGUAAUUUUAAAAAUUCUUGCAGAUGCUGUGGUAUCUUACUGCCCAGUUGCCAAGCUAAUAAGCGAAUAUACGUAUAAGGCUAGUAUUCACAAGCCUUUAAUUAAAGAAAACACAUCCGCUUUGGCAUUUAUAUUUGAUAAAAUCCUACCUGAAACUGAAAACCUAUCCGAUUCUGAUUGUUCCACGAUGUGCAGAAUGUUUAUAGCUGCGUUAGCAUCCUCUAACCAUGCACCCGAAGCACAAUUAACUCUUGUAUCAGAGGUUAAAGCAGCUCUAGGCAGAGCUGUGUCUAUGCCAGAAUCUCACGAGAAACAUAGCCAAAUUCAACAUAUUUGUACAAUAAUUUCUACUAUGAUUGAUAAUUGUCCUGUGCCUCCAAGAGGGCCUAGUAAUAUUACGCCGGUUAACAACAUCAUUAAGAUGAUGAUUCGCAGAGGAUUAUUUAACGACUUGGCAAAGAUUACUCACCAUUUGGACUUAUCGUCACCGUAUACUCCUUUUACUGCAAACGCUGCUUUGAAACCUUUAGAAUCUCUCUCUAGGACAAUAAAUCAACCUGGUCCGAACACUACAACCGCAAAGGGAAGAAAGCCUAGCGGCAACACAGCAGAUGCUUCUACAGGGACAAGCACUCAAAAUGAUGCCAGUAACAGAAUAGAUGAAGAAGACACAGAAAAUGCCGAGGAUAACCGAUCUGAAGCUACGACGGAACCUAACGAGAAUGAGGGAGAUAGGGACAGAUUAGAAGAAAUAAUGGAACAAAUUUUAAAUGGUGCUACUGAGCGCGUAGGCGCUAACGCAAUGGAUAUCGAUGACGUCGUUCCUUUGGCAUUUGAGACAGAUAGAGAUCCAACUGAAGAAUUAAUGAGCACAGAUUCGGGUGAGUCAGAUUCCAAUCCUUCAGACGAUAACGAUGAGGAGGGAAAUAAUGAUGAUGAGGAUGAGGACGAUGAUGGAGUAGAUGUAAAUAUGGAAGAUAACGAUGAAAAUGACGAUGAGAAUAAUUACGAAGAUGACGAAAAUAAUGAAGGAGAGCGCAGAAAUAGAACUUUGGAUGAUAAUUUUGGAACUGGAAGGGAGUUUCGUGUGGGUACUAAUGACAGGGAUGAAGAUGUGUUGAUGAUACAUUAUGAGAAUGAAAAUGAGAGUGGUCUACCCAGAAUGAUAAGGUGGAAUGAGAAUGGAUUCACUGUUCCAAUGCUUGAUGAUAAUUCAGGAGACCAUGUUAUCAUUCAUCCGUUAUUGCUAUCACGAAACAACGGGGACGCCACUCAAAACGCAGUGUCAAGAGGACAAAGGACGAAUCGACCACGAAGGUAUCAAUAUCUCCUCAAUGCUCGGAAUCCUAAUCCACCUGUUAUAUUACAAAGAUUGUUGGGCACCCAAGAUCCUCAUGCUAUGGCGAAUAUGAUGACUGCUAACAAUAUUCUCGCUGCACCUACAGAUAUGGCUGCAAGAGAACAAGCCAGGGUGGUUAUUAUGGACAAUUUUGGAAUAAUACCACCAAACGAAGAACAGAUCGAUUUUGUUGACCAAAGCGGAUAUUUAUUUGGCCCAAGCCUGGCCGCCACAUUGAGCCACGUUCCUCCUGUAGUGCAUUGGUGGAAUAUGGAAUCCAAGUUACUAGAUUUGGAAUCAGUGUUUGAUUGUGCUUCCUGGAUUUGUAAUCGACUUAUGCCAAAUUUAAUUAAACACAUGAAUGAAGACUUAAAAAAGAAAAAAGCUAAGGAAGACGAAAAGGAAGCGAAAAAUCGCAAGAAAGUUCCUGUUCAAAAUGAGAAUCUGAAUGAAAACAAGGAAGAUAGUCACCACACUUACAGUUCUUUACUCUCCGAGCUGCCAGAUGAUGGAGAGGAUGCACAACCGUUUUUGUUCAAUUACGCCGAUGAAGUUGAAAACGAUCAGACUUUAGGGAAUGAUGACGACGAUACUACCCAUACCGAACAACCACCAGUUAAUAACAGCACUGGAAGAACCAUGCAGACGAAUGAUCCUAGGAGAUCAAUGAUAGUUCGCAUUCUUCCACAGCGAUAUCGCAGUGACUCCCCCUCGGAAGACAGCGAUUCAAAUAGAGAACGAGAUGGAAGCAGUGAGCAUCACCCAGCAGAUGUUACAGUAGACGUUUCAGACGUUUUGGUAGAACAAAACAGAGAAAAUUUUUCACAAAUUGCAAACCGCAUACCUGCUCGCGCGAUUGAGCUACGCAGAAACAAUAUAGAACCAAUUCAACGGGUAACGGAUGAAGAUGAGUUAGUUCUGCAACCUUAUUAUCUACCCAAUAGAGACGACAACAGUUUUGACUCGCAGGCUAGUUUACCUGAGGAAAAUAAUUCUUCAAAUAACUCAAAUGGCAAUAGCAGUACUGCCGUUCAAGUGCAAAGUGAUAGAGGCACAGACACCAUUGAAAGGCUAACUAAUGAUGACAAUAUAAGUACUGCAGAACUUGAGAGCAAUGAGUCUUUCAACCCAUUCGAAAUGCGGCUGUCUAAUGAUGGGGAUUACCAUCGAAGCGAAUCCUCCGAAGAACCUCCGUGGUCUCCUGUUCGCCGUAAUAGACGGUCUUUACGUACAUUUUUUGAAGCGGCAUUCGGUCAACAUUUGGAUAUUGAACGUAUGCAUGCCGAAGGGGAAUCAAGCAGUAGCUCUUCUGAUCAGAACACGCAACCUGAAGAUAAUAGAAAUAAUCCUGAUGAUACUGAUGCUCCUCAAAGUAGUCUAAAUAGUGCUCCCUCAGCGCCUCCUGCAGAAACAAGAGAAGCCGGCGAAGGCGCCAGUUCCAUUCAACUAGCAGCAACGGCAUCCAAUAGCGCUGGUCCUAGUAGUGCUCCAGAUGAUGAAGAAAUUCCAGAGGGUGUAGAUCCUUCAUUCUUAGAGGCUUUACCUCCUGAAAUCAGACGUGAAGUCCUUGAACAACAUAGAAUUUUAACCCUACAGCAAAGGCUUGCUGCUAGAACUGCAGAACCUACUAAUUCAGCUACUAAUACUAAUGAGGAAUCUAAUUCUAAUGAGGUACCUCAAGAAGUAAGUCCCGAGUUCUUGGCGGCCUUGCCGCCGGCAUUACAGGAGGAAGUUCUAACUCAGCAAAGACUAGAACAACAGCGACAGGCGGCCGCUAGAGCGCCACCCAACGAGCCGGUUGAUGCUCAUGCUUUUUUCCAAACUUUACAGCCAUCAUUAAGAACCAUGAUACUUUCUGACAUGGAAGAUUCUCAAAUAAAUGCGCUUCCUCCAGAGCUGGCAGCAGAAGCGCAACACUUACGGCGCGACUGGUACGCCAGAAACAGGCAAAUGGCUCAUGAGAGAUUUAUGCAUAGUAACUUACCGACAAUAAUUAGACAAAAUAGAGGUGGCAGAACGGGCCACAGGCCUAUCACGUUUCAACGGGCUGGAUGGCCACAAUGGAGCAGAGAUUUUAUGAGUGCAAGUACUGUUCGAACAACUAGUCAGGCAAGAAUUAAAGGCCGUCAGCUUCUUGAUCACGAAGGAAUUGCCUGCUUAUUAAUUCUAUUGUUCACGGACGAUCCUCAUUUAAAUAAAUUAAGACUGCAUAGGGUAAUUAGGAAUUUAUGCUAUCAUGGACCAACCAGGGAUUGGGUUAUAAAUGCACUUCUUACGGUCGUUGAAAAAAGCGUUAACGAAAGACCUGAUGAAGGCAUGCUAAGACCAUUGAGAAAGGGACCACGAGCUGGCCCAUUAUCAAGCAAACUUCAAACGGACCAUCGUCACUUAAACACUGGGGGUCACUGGUUGACAAUCAGGAUGGAAGCCGCUUUAGGAUGUGCUGCCAAUGUAUUUUUAGUGGCAAAAGGCGCUGGCAAAAAAUCUGACCGUUUUGUAGGCUCUCAUUCUAUAGGCAUUCAUCCUCAAGCUGCCCCUAUUGUGUGCCGCAAUGCGUUGGAUUUAUUCACUGCUCUGGCGAAGACUUUCCCUUCAUGCAUGUUGCCAAUAAGGAUCUUUAAAGAAGAUGCUCAAUUAGAAAGAAAUUACGUUGGUCCAGUUAAGCUUAAUAACUAUUCAGCACCCGAUUUUUGGGAUGUUUUAUUAAAACUUGAUAAUAUGGGACAUAGAAAAGGAAAGGCUUUGCAAAAAUCUUCAUUAACUGCCAUCAAUAUAGCUGAUAAAGACACAUUAACUUUUGAUAAUACUGUUUUUGGACGAUUAUUAAAUAUGCUUGGUUCGCCUACAAUUCAUAGAAACACACAGCUAACAGACAACUUGUUAAAACUUUUGUCUGUUACUACACAGGGUAUGCCUGAAUUGAUUAAACCCGUUAGAAAUAAAAGAGGACAUGGAAAUGAAAGUAUGAACAUCGCGAAUAAUCCUCCAAUUAACUCCUUAUCGUUGGCCGUUAACGUAAUAACAUAUAAAAACUGUUCAGAAGAGGGUCUAGAGUUUAUCACAAAUUUGCUUUUGAACCUUGCCGCUUCAUCUCAGGAUAUGAGCUUUAUGAUUUUAAAUCUUUUAGUAAACGGAGCUGUAAAAAUUGGUCUUAUAGUUGAAAAGCAAAUCAAUAAUAUGCUUAGAGAUUUAACAGGGCUAAAUAAUAAAAAGAAGGAAGAAAAGGAUAAAGAAACUCCCUCUACAUCGAAGGGCGUUAUUUACAACAGGUUUACGAAUGAACAAGUUAUAGUAACUGCUUCUUCCAAAAUAAAAACUGCUUGUGAGCUUCAGUUACCAAGUAUGGUACCUCUGAUUUCAAAAUCUUCCAGCCAAAUUUUCUUUUUGCGGGUUUUAAGGGUGAUCGUUCAGAUUCGGAACUCCAUUAAGAAUUCCAUUAAGAGAAACAACCUUCCAAUGGAUCUAGCUGCCUUAAGUGAUCAAUUGUUCAAACUAGAAGAUCUAUGGGAAACACUUAGCCAAUGUCUUUUUGAACUCGAACAUGCACCAGACCACCAUGCGGUUUUAGUCCUGCAACCUACGGUAGAAGCUUUCUUCCUGGUGCACUCCCCACAGCAAGGACAAGUUUCCUUUAAAGAUAAAAAAGAUGAUGAAGAAGCAGGUAAUUCAACAGAAAACCAAGAAAAUCCAGAGGCAGCCCAUGAGCCUCAAACCGAGAGACGAGAAGCUGGUACUGGCACUGGUUCUGGAUCAGAGUCAUGUGCUAGAAGCUUAUCAUUCAGUCCUGAAAAUGUAUCUACACCUUUAAAUUCGGAUGAGACUGUACGAGCAUCGUUCGACUUCGAUCAUCGUCAGCCAGAGCAACGUCAAGUUACACCAGAACAACAAAAGUUCUUGGCAUUCGCCGAAAAACACCGCACAGUGCUCAACCAGAUUUUGCGUCAAAGUACUGCCCACCUUGCAGAUGGACCUUUCGCUGUUUUGGUUGAUCACACUAGAAUUUUGGAUUUUGAUAUUAAGAGGCGCUACUUCAGAACGGAGUUAGAACGAAUGGAUCAUGGUAUUCGCCGGGAGGAAACUGCCGUGCACGUCAGAAGGAAUAACGUGUUUGAGGACUCUUUUAGGGAACUCUUCAGGCGGGCACCUGAAGAAUGGAAAAAUCGAUUCUAUAUUGUCUUUGAAGAGGAAGAAGGCCAAGACGCUGGAGGGCUUCUUAGGGAAUGGUAUGUGAUAAUUUCUAGGGAUAUUUUUAACCCUAUGUAUGCCCUGUUUACGGUGUCGCCUGGAGAUAGAGUUACUUAUAUGAUUAACUCUGCUAGCCACUACAACUCCAACCAUCUUUGCUACUACAAGUUUGUUGGCAGAGUCAUUGCCAAGGCAAUAUACGACAACAAAUUGCUCGAAUGUUACUUUACCCGUUCAUUCUAUAAACACAUUUUGGGCAUACCAGUUAAAUACACUGACAUGGAGAGCGAAGACUACAGUUUUUACCGUGGGUUGAUUUACCUCAUGGAAAAUAAUAUGAACAACUUAGGCUUGGAUCUGACUUUUAGCACUGAAAUUAGUGAAUUUGGUGUAACUGAGACUAGAGAUUUAAUUGCCAAUGGAAGGCAUAUUCCAGUUACCGAAGAAAAUAAAAUGGAGUACGUCAGGCUUGUUUGUCAGAUGAAAAUGACAGGAGCUAUCAAGCAACAGUUAAGCGCAUUUUUAGAUGGAUUUUACGACAUCAUUCCUAUGCGCCUGAUAUCUAUUUUCAAUGAGCAAGAGCUGGAAUUGCUCAUAUCUGGUCUUCCUAACGUGGACAUAGAUGAUCUAAAGGCUAACACUGAGUACCAUAAAUACCUGUCAAAUUCGUUGCAGAUACAAUGGUUCUGGCGCGCUUUAAGAUCAUUCGAUCAGGCUGAUAGAGCGAAGUUUUUGCAAUUUGUGACAGGUACCUCAAAAGUACCUUUGCAAGGUUUUGGAGCUCUUGAAGGCAUGAAUGGAGUCCAGAAGUUCCAAAUACAUAGGGAUGAUCGGUCAACAGAUCGGCUACCGUCCGCACAUACUUGCUUCAACCAGUUGGACCUUCCUGUGUACGAGACGUACGAUAAACUCAGGGCCUAUUUAUUAAAAGCUAUCCAUGAAUGUUCGGAAGGCUUCGGCUUCGCUUAAAUCUAUGAUGUUAAUUUAAGACUGAUGUGGUACGUGUUCAUAAAUACAAAGUAUAUUUAUUGCCCUCUGUAGUACAUUACUUUUGAUGUGUAAAUAAAAUGUCUCUUAUUGCGCACGCGCGCAAUCUAUCAGGGAUGUACAUAACUAUUUAAAAAUAUUUUUAACAGAGGAGCAAAAGUACGCAAUUAGAGGUAAAAGAAGAUUGUUUCGUUAGAAGAAGGCUUCGAAGUCGUGUACAAAAAGAUAGCGGGCUGCAACAUGUAUAUUUAUUAUUUAAAAGGCUCCAACUUUAGUUAUUGUAUUAAAACUAAUUUGAUUACCGAUUGUUACUUGUACAUUCUUAAUAUGUUUGAAAGUGUAUUUUUGUAAAUGGGCCCUUAAGGCAAUCGAGUGUGAUAUAAUUGAAUUUGAUCUACAAGAUUCACUAUUAAUAUACAUUGUAGAUUUUUAUUUAACUUAGGUCUUAAGAGUCCAAGCGGAUGUUCGCUAUCUUAGUUUUUUUCUUAUUUAAACAUUGUUUUCUAGUUACAGUUUUUUAGAUCGUUUUUUUUUCUGAAUGUUUCACAUUUCACCUAUGGUUAUUUUUUAUAUUGCUUAUUCAUGUAACGUUAAAAGGUAAAUUAAAAUAUACCUAUGAGAAAUCAGUGUAUUAAAAAUAAAUGUUUAUGUUCUAAUGAAA